AUGUACAUCUUACAUGAGACGCCAGCAGGAUAUGCUUUAAUAAAAAUUAAAGAAGAAGGGAUAAUAAGUGAAGAGAAAGAAGAAAAGAUUAAGAAAGAGAUAGAGAAGAAAGGAAUUAAUGAGAUAGUUAGUUUAGAAUAUUUAUUAAAAUUUGAGAAUACUGAACAAGCUGUAGAAGAAUGCCAAGCAAUAAAUGAUGGAGUGAUGACGAGUACAUUACAGAAAUUUUUAAAAGCAACUAUUAAGAAAGAAAAAGAAGGGAAAUUAAUAGUUGUAGAGUCAGGAUUAUCACAAAUGAUUAAGAAUAAAAUUGGAAUAGAAACGAUAUAUCCUAAUGGGACUAUAAUGAUAGAUAGAAUGAUAAGAGAAAAGAUUGAAGAGAUAAUACCAGAAAUUACACCGAAAGAGAUGCAUAGUAUGGAAUUAGGAUUAUCACAUAAUUGGUCAUCAUUUAAGAUCAAAUUUUCACCAGAGAAAAUAGAUACUAUGAUUAUACAAGCUGUAUCAUUAUUAGAUGAUUUAGAUAAAGAAAUUAAUAUAUAUUCUAUGAGAGUAAGAGAAUGGUAUGGAUGGCAUUUUCCUGAAUUAAGUAAAUAUAUAAAUGAUCAUAUGGCAUAUUGUCAAUUAGUAAAUAAAAUUGGGAUGAGGGAAAAUGCUAAGAAUGUAGAUAUGAAAGAAUAUGUCGAGCCAGUAGUAGAAGAAGAAAUUAAAAAUGCGGCUAUAGUUUCUAUGGGAAGUGAAAUAUCAGAAGAAGAUUUAGAGAAUAUUAAAGCACUUUGUAAACAAACCAUUGAAAUAGUAGAAUAUCGAGAAGAAUUAUGGGAAUAUUUAAGACAAAGAAUGCAAGCUAUAGCACCAAAUUUAUCCACAUUAUUAGGAGAAUUAAUAGGAGCUAGAUUAAUAUGUCAUACAGGAAGUUUAAUUAAUUUAGCAAAAGCACCAGGAUCAACAAUUCAAAUUUUAGGAGCAGAAAAAGCAUUAUUCCGAGCGUUAAAAACAAAGAAGAAAACACCUAAAUAUGGAUUAAUAUUCCAUGCAGCAUUAAUAGGACAAGCCCCAGCAAAAGCAAAAGGACAAAUCUCCAGAGUGAUAGCAUCUAAAGCUGCAUUAUGUGCACGAGUCGAUGCGUUAGCUGAUAAUGCUGAUAGUAGUAUGGGAGAGAAAGGAAAAGAGAUGGUAGAAGAAAGAUUAAGAAAGAUUGAAACAAAAGCAGGAAGUAAAAAUGUUGUAGUUAAUACAGGGAAAUAUACAAGAAAGCAAGAAGAUAUUAUUGGGAAUAAGAAAGUCUUUGAGAAUAGCAAAGAUUCAACACUUGGUAAAGAAGAAAAGGUUGUAGAAGAAGAGAAAGAAGAAACAACAUCUAAUAGUAGUAGUAGUAGUUCUGAGAGUUCAAGUAGUGAAGAAAGCAGCAGUUCCAAGAGUUCCGAAAGUUCAAGCAGUGAGUCUGAAUCCGAAGAAGAAAAGAAAAGAGUUAAGAAAGGAAAAGAAGGAGGAGAGAAGAAGAAACUCUAA